AUGGAAUAUAUCUAUCAGCGGCCACAACACUGGGCCAGUUAUUAUGGUCCACGGGGUGAUGAGCUCUUGUUGGAGCAUGUUAUAUCUCACUUCGUUCCUCAUAUUCAUCAAAUCACUGCCGUGGACAAACUUGUCCAGCAUUAUGGCGUCCUAACUUACACCAGAGAGGUGCUCGUGCCUGAACUUCUGGUGGCCUUAGUGCAGGAGGAUCUCCAGGUUGAUGCAGCAGCUGCAUGUCAGGUUUUGAUGGAAAGCACUGGACUCGGUGACCUGGUCAAUGAAAAUGAUGUGGAGUGA